CAGCAGGUGCCCAAGAGAGGACGCUCCCCCUCAAGAAGAGAUAGCAAUUCCAUUAUUAAACGCAAAAGACAAUGUUUAGGCAGUGGAUCCUGUCCCACAACACGAACCAUAGGGGGUAAAUCGUUAAAACAGAGUAUAGUUGGCGACACUGGAUCCGUAUCUGAAAACUCGACACAUGAAGUUGAACCAAAUCUUCCUGAUGGGGCCUCUUCCCUUCUUACAGAAAACAAAGUAGCUGAAGGUUCACGUUCACCUUGCAUACCUGCCGUUUGUAAAAAGGAGGAUGGGUCAAGAAUGUACAACAAAAAGCAAUAUUGUUUGUACUGUAAGAUAGGAGUUGGAAAAAUAGCAAGGCAUUUGGAGCGUGCGCAUCACAAUAAGCCUGACGUUGCACAGGCUUUGUCCUUCCCAAAAGGUUCUAAAGAAAGAAGAAUGCAUUUGGAACAUUUAAGAAACAGAGGCAACUUCGCCCACAAUGUUGAGGUAUUAAAUGCUGGCGUUGGAAAUCUUGUUUCUCGCAAGCAACCCAAACAGGACUCUCAAGCACAGAAUUUCCUCCAUUGUGUUUAUUGUCAAGGAUUGUUCAACAAGAAACUCCUUUGGCGGCACAUGAAGAUCUGCAAGUUCAAACCCGAUGUUCCACAAAAACCUGGCAAAACCCGUGCCCAGGCCCUGUCUGCAUUUGCAGUACCUCCACCACCUGGCGUCAAGAUAGAGUUUUGGAAGCUGUUAAACAACAUGGUUCAAGAUGAUGUUUACAUUGCUGUCAAAUCUGAUGUAUGUAUCAUGGAGUAUGGUGAGCACCUGUAUAACAGGCUUGGAUAUGAUGUUGGCAAGCAUGAAUACAUACGGCAGAAACUGAGGGAGCUUGGAAGGCUUCUGGUAUGUUCGAGGAAAACUACUCCCUUAAAGACUAUUCAAGACCAUGUCAAACCCAUCAAUUUCUUGUAUGUUGUGCAAGCAGUCAAACAUGUGGCAGGCUUCGACAGUGAAACCAAUACAUACAAGUGCCCAAGUCUUGCCCUUAAAAUUGGACAUAGCUUGAAAAAGAUGUCAAUGCUUGUUGAAAGCCGUGCAAACGUACAGAGCAACUACUCAGCAGCUAAAGAUGCUCGUACGUUCCGCAGAGUAUAUGAAACCCGAUGGAAUGAACUGAUUUCUGCCGCAUCACUGAGAACCCUUCAGGAAUCCAAGUGGAAUGCUCCUCAGUUGCUUCCAUUUACAAAAGAUGUCCAGACUCUCCAUUCUUAUUUAGAUGUGCAACAACAAGAAGUUCACAUUAAAUUGUCUGCAGAUAAAUCUCCCCAGACAUGGUCACAGUUAGCAAAGGUCACUUUGACACAAGUCAUUUUGUUUAACCGACGUAGAGCAGGGGAAGUUUCAAAAAUGCCCCUAUCUGCAUAUUUGUCUCAAAAUCCAUCACAUCCUCAGGAAGAUGUAAAUAUUGCCCUGUCAGAACUAGAAAAGAAACUAUGUAAAUACUUCAGGAGGAUAGAGAUAAGAGGAAAGAGGGGAAGAAAGGUCCCUGUGCUUUUGACCCCAGCAAUGCAGCAAGCACUGGAUCUGCUCGUCGGCACACGGCAGGAAUGUGGGGUUCCUAAGGAGAACAUUUACUUGUUUGCGAGACCAUCUGCUUUCACCUGCUACCGCGGUUCUGAUUGCCUUCGAUACUUUGCCAAGGCCUGUGGUGCAAAGAAUCCUGAAAGUCUCACCUCUACAAAACUACGCAAGCAAACUGGAACUCUGUCUCAGGUUCUUAACCUCACCAAUACAGAGCUGGAUCUGUUGGCAGAUUUUCUCGGCCAUGACAUAAGAGUGCAUCGGCAAUUCUACAGACUUCCUGAGGGCACCCUUCAGCUUGCUAAGAUCAGCAAACUUCUCAUGGCCUUGGAGCAAGGACGCCUGGCAGAAUUCCAGGGCAAGACCCUGGAUGACAUCAGCAUUGAUCCUGAGGAGAAUGUGCACAUGGACAGCGACAAUGAGACAGCGUGUGAGUCAGACUCACAAGAGGGUCAAGUCACAUCCACUCAGAUGGAGAAUAAAACAUCAAUGAGAGAUGGGAGCAAUACAGAUGAAGCAUCGCAACAGGGCCCUAUGACACCUCCACCAGCCGCUCAACCACAGACCGAGAGAAGGCAAAAAGGUCGGCAGCCUUUCAAGAAAAAGCUGUGGGAAAAGACGGAGAUCCAAGCUGUUGAGAAGCACCUGAUGUCUUUCAUUAACACAUGUCGCGUUCCGCGGAAAAGCGACUGCGAUAAGUGUCUUAAAAUGGAAGGAGAAGCACUCAAACAAAGAAAUUGGUUGGCCAUAAAGUUUUAUAUAAAGAAUCGGAUCACAGCUCUCAAGAGCAAAAUGUAAAGUGAUCAUUGAUGUCUGUUGACACCAUUACUUUUUUUUGUAAAGUGUAAUGCUUGCAAAAGUUAAAUGUUUGAUGUAAGCCGCUAUACAAAUAUAUAGAUCAUACUUUAUUUCUUCUUUCACCCCUCAUUGAUGUCCUCUUAAUACCUCCUUUUCUUUUAUCUGAAUUAUUCACAAUUUCCUCUUCAACCUUAUCUAUUUGAUCUUCUCUUACCUCUAUGCUUUUUAAAUCUCAUCUCUUUUUUGUAAUCUUCCUUUUAUCUGAACUACCUUAUCAUCUCUUCUAGUUUCUCAUAUUAUCUUGUUUUUUUCUUAACACAAUUUAAUCUUGUCCCUUUUCACACUUUCAAUUUCCUCAUUUCUUUCAAUAUCAUCUGGAAAUACAUUAUUAUAUAUAUAUAUUUAUAUAUAUAAAUAAUAAUGUAUUCUAAUGUAUUGUAUGUAAUAAUUAAAAGUCUAAUAACGACAAUCUCCUUGUAUUUACUGGAAAGCUCUAUAAUAACAUUGUAUUGCUUAAAUGGAAAUUACAAUGACUAUUUAAGCAGAAUACCCAUAUAAGCAUGACUUGUAUGGCUCCAAUAAUUAACACUUAGAACACAAACCCCUCUUUAUUUAAAAAGAAGGAAACUGAUGCAAAUUCAGUAAAUGUACUGUGAGUCUCAUUCACGAGUUCAGACAUCCCUGUGUCACAGUGGUUAAAUAGACUAAUAAAAAGCAUUACUAUAAUAGCUUAAAUAUUAAUUAAAAUGCUAUCAGUACAUUAGAAUUCAAUAUAAUUGUGUCACAACAGAAGCUACAUGUUGACACUAAAGGUGAAAAUCCUUCUGCAUCAUGAUAGCCCUCACUUUGACAGUCAAAGGUGUUGCAUUGUUACCUAAAGUAAGUUUAGUAAUAGUGUGCUAAGUGGCCCCACUAAUGUUUUAAACCAGACAGUGUAUUUUUGGAGCCCACACAUGACUAAAAGCCAGACAGUGUGUAUAUAUGGACCCCUCCUGUAACUCUGUACCUGACAAGACCCCAUGAAACGGGUUAUAGUCCGGUCAGUGACCUCUACUUUCUCUGAUUGAUAAUUUGAAGUGAAAUCUUUGUUUGAGUCCACUUCAGGAUUCUGCCUGAUUUUUUACAGUGCUGUACAACCUUCAGAAAGGGUGGACCCCAAAAGGGAUGGUCUGGUCAGGUACCCCCAGAAUGUAAUAAAGACAAGGGGGUGUGUGUGUGUGUGUGUGUGUGUGUGUGUGUGUGUGUGUGUGU